AUGUCGACCAAACGGAUUGCAUUCCUCGUUCACGGCACCGUCCAAGGUGUUGGGUACCGAGACUUCACUCAAAAGGCCGCCACAAGUCACGACUUGAAGGGCUGGUGCCGAAACACUACAUGCGGACGAGUCGAAGGUGAAGUCCAAGGUGAUGAAGAGACCAUCAAAAAACUUUUCCAACAGCUUAAUAAGGGACCUCGCAUGGCUCACGUUGUGAAGCUCGAAAAGAAGGAGCUCGAGCUGAAGGAGGGUGAGGAUCAUUUUGCUGUCAUGCGAACUAUGGAAUCUCGAUUUCACUCUUGA